AUGACAUCGCAAUUCAGCAAAGACGAACCGUUAGGAGGAGAGAUUGAUCAGUUUAACCGCACGACGAGAAGUCAAGUCUCUUCUGCUGUCAGUAUUGAUGAUGAGGAAAAGCGAAACAUUUCACUCGCGGAUGGCCAUAGUGAAGGCGAUGUAACCGAAUUAUCCCAUCAAUCCGCAGGUUCGGAUGGGGCGAGUUCCAAAAACAAAGCCGGAUAUAUUCGAGAAAACACAAAUGUUUACAAAUCCGCUUUUCAUAUAUUUAAGGCCAAUGUAGGCACAGGUGUAUUCUUACUACCAACCUUCUAUAAGGAUUCUGGAUAUGUUAUGGGAGCUAUUCUUGGUAUUUUCAUUGGUACUUGUGUGAUUGAUGCCUCCUUUAUGUUAUUAAAUGCCAAAUUGACCAUUAAUCAGCAUCGUGUGGAUACCUACAGCAAAGUAUGUGGAUUUGUUUUUGGUCGACCUCUUCAAUGGUUAUUAUUUGUGGCACUUAUCCUCACCCAAUUUGGUUUUUGUUUAAUGUACAUCCAAUUCGUGGCAGGAAUGAUGGAUCAUUUGGUGACUCCUUUUAAUGGAUCAUCUUAUGUAUGGAUGACCAUGACAUUUGCCAUUGUGUUUCCCAUUACAUGUUUCUCUGAUAAUUUGUCUUUAUUGGCGAUUGCAUCUAUUACCGCAACAUUGGCAGUGACAUUUGCACUUAUUUCCACACUUGUACGUUCUAUUAUUGAGAUUCAUUCCAUGGGUGGUAUUAACUCUGCUACCAAUGUGGCAGGUACGAAUAUGCCUAUUGGUUGGUUUAACAAUCUCGCGAAUAAUAUGAUGGUGUUGGAGGGAAUUGCCAUUGUUCUUCCUGUGUAUGCUGGAUGUAAUCAGAAAUCCAAGUUUAAACCCAUGUUGGGUAUUGUACUUGCCUGUGUUGUGGGUUUUUAUUUAUUAUAUGGUAUUGUGGGUUAUCUUGCCUAUGGGGAUCAUCUCACCAAUUCUCUCAUUGAUGGUAUGCCAGACGAUGGUCUCUCUAUUGCCAUUCGCAUCACCUUUAUUAUUAACUUAAUCUGCACACAUCCCGUACAAUUCCAAUCGGCUAUUCAACUCAUUGAUCAACUCAUAGGUUGCCGUGCUCGUUCUCUUAAAGGCAUUCUCGUUCGUUUUAUUAUUAACGCGGCUAUUACAGGUCUUGCAAUGGGAAUUGGUCCCGAUACCGUAAAUAUUGUUGUCAGUUUCAUUGGUGCUCUUCCCGCCACGGUGAUGGUGUUAAUUAUUCCAGCGCUACUCAAUCUGCAGGUGUUUUAUGCGGUGAAGAAUCCGGAGGAGGACCGGGUGACGCUGGCGUAUUGGAAGAAGAUCUUCACAGAUGGACCCAUUUGCUCAUGGCUGCGCUUCCGCUGUUAUCUCUACCUUGUGCUCGGCCUACUUAUUAUGGUCAUUGGUACAUACAGUAUUGCCAUUAACCUUUAA